AUGGCAGCCGGUCCGAUAGCUGAACGCAAUCAAGAUGCGACAAUAUAUGUUGGAGGACUGGACGAUAAAGUUACAGAAUCCCUUAUGUGGGAAUUAUUUGUCCAGUCAGGACCUGUUGUUAAUGUACACAUGCCGAAAGAUAGAGUAACCCAGAUGCAUCAGGGAUAUGGCUUUGUUGAAUUUAUGGGUGAAGAAGAUGCAGAUUAUGCUAUUAAAAUCAUGAAUAUGAUCAAGCUCUAUGGCAAGCCUAUUCGAGUGAACAAAGCUAGUGCGCAUCAGAAAAAUCUAGAUGUCGGAGCAAAUAUAUUUAUAGGAAACCUAGAUCCAGAAGUAGACGAAAAACUGCUAUAUGAUACGUUCAGUGCAUUUGGUGUAAUUUUGCAAACUCCUAAGAUAAUGAGAGAUCCCGAGACAGGUAACUCCAAAGGCUUCGCUUUUAUUAAUUUUGCCUCAUUCGAUGCCUCAGAUGCUAGCAUCGAGGCGAUGAAUGGUCAAUAUUUAUGCAAUCGACCGAUCUCGGUCUCAUAUGCGUUCAAACGCGACGCAAAAGGCGAGAGACAUGGUAGCGCUGCAGAGCGACUUCUAGCCGCGCAAAACCCACUCAGCCAAGCUGACAGGCCGCAUCAGCUCUUCGCGGAUGCUCCACCACUGGCUCCACCGCCUAUGCCGAACUCGAACGCGAGUGCUCACCAGUCGGCCCAUCAUCCUCAGCAUCAUGUCAUGCAUCAUGGAAUGGUCGUACCUCCGCCUCCGCCCCCGUCAACUCCAGGACCACCGAUGGGUCAUCCGCCUCCACCACCUGUGCCGCCACCGCCAUCAGGCGGAUUUCCACCCGCGAACAUCCCUCCGCCACCUCUGCCCCCCAUGUCUAUGGCUGCCCAUCCUCCUCUACCACCAGGAAUGCCGCCGCCCUUGCCACCGAUGCCUGUGCCAACCUCACAAGCGCAGCAGGCGGCCUCCAGGAUGAUAGCACCUCCGCCACCCCAUUGGGCCGUAGGAGCACCACCUCAGGGUCAGUUCCCGCCACCCCCACCGCCGUCUUCUGCCGGUGGACCUCCGCAAUUCGGACAAUUCCAGCCACCACCGCCGAGGCCACCUCCUAGUUGGCGGCAUCCGCCACCGCCUCCUGUUUCGCAAGGUGGCCCACCGCCUCCGCCCCCGCCUCAAUUUCGCCCGCCCUUCCCGCCGAGGGGACCACCACCGCCACCGCCCCCGCAUGACAACAGUCAAUAUUAGUGUUCGUGUUUUAUCUGUAUUUGCGUAGAUAUUAAUAUUCUCGCAUUAUCAAUAAGUUUACGAAAGUUGCGUGUAAGUGCAACGAUUCCUUUACUAUCUAUUACUUUUAGCGGCAUUUUUUUUUAGAACUGAUCGUCUAUACGAAUAAAAGUAUUUAAUAUAUCGA